CAAAUGUUGUAUAUAUAGAGAUACAAUUCAUUGUUAUCCGUACCACGUAAAUUUUCUGAGGCGCGCUGACUUCCUUCACAUUCUUUAUUUCAGUUAAUUUUAUAAACAAUGGGCGUAAAGAUAUACAUAUGGGCGGAGGGAGGAGGGAAUGUAGGUCAUGGAUCGAUGACCUUAAGCGAUGGAACUCAUAUCAGCUGGUGGCCAAAGGAAGACAAAGCGAAAUCUGCCAACCAAAGAUGGAAAUCAGUGGAAGCUGAACCAGCAACUUCGUAUGAACAGGACGAGGAAUGGGAAGGAAAACCAGCUGAUUUCAUAUACGAAAUUCCUUCCGGAAAACUUGACGAGGCAGCUGUUAAAACCUGGUGGAAUGAGUUCAAAACAACAAACAACUAUCAUAUUGCUUUUAAGAAUUGUUGCAGUGCCGUCUACAGCGCAUUGAAGAAAGGUGGAGCUGACAAGAUAGCCUCGUUCCCGAUGUCUCCUAUUUCAACACCAGCAAACCUCAAGGACUAUGCUGAGAAACUACAGAAAGCUAUAAAAUAACAAUCACUUUUAAUAAAAUAAAAGAACAACGCUGAUGUUUGACAUCACAACGUGAUCAUAUGAUUUUGUUAAAUAAUGUCUUGUUAUUGCAUAAUUCGUUAUCAUUUCAAAAAUUGCUAGCGUAAAUUGAGA